ACGGUGUAGUCGCGCUGCUUCUCCAGGACGCAGGCGACGAACCUGAUGGGAUCGACCCGCUCUGUGCGGUGUACUGCCAGUGCGGAACGGAGAAUGGUUCAUAUGUGUAUGGGGGCUGUACGACGGAGUACUAGGGUUGGCGAAAGGACCAUGGAAUGGACGCUCUUGGAUCAAUAGGACACUGUAUGGAAGGUGGCGAGCUGCCAAUGUGGGUGCGGACUCUUCCGAGAAAAGCUGCCAAGCUUGUUCGCGCUGCUGCUGUGAGCGGUGACCAUGCGCUGCUCAGACUCGAGGGGUAAUAGCAGAAGUUUAACUGUCGAUCACAAGAUGCAUCACACGCUCCGAGGAUGGACAGCUGCUUCCCGGGCCGGGUAUGGUCUAUAACGGACUCAUUUCACACUGGGUACGGCACGAGGGUCGAGGAAGUGCUAUAAAGGGGCUCAGUCUUAACCGGCUGUGGGGUGCACCCUCGCUGCUUGACGAAAUGGCUCGGAAAUCCACUGUGGCAGUAUCUCUCGCGGCGUUGUUCGUUGCCAUCACUAGUGUCCGGGCGUUAGACAAUGGGGUGGCUCGACUGCCUGUGUUGGGAUACAACACUUGGAAUGCGUAUGCCUGCAACAUAAACGAGGACCUUAUCCUGGAGACCGCAUCGCUCAUGCAGUCGCUCGGUUUGCAAGAUGUUGGCUAUACGCAUGUGAACCUCGACGACUGCUGGGCCGAGAAGAAUCGGACAGCGGAUGGUUUGAUCACCCCUAAUGCAGAAAGAUUUCCGAGCGGGUUCAAUAACCUGACCAGUCAGCUUCAUGACAUGGGCUUUCAAGCUGGUAUUUAUAGCGACUCAGGUUGGAGGACGUGCGCCGGCUAUCCAGGGAGCUUCAGCAAUGAGCUCCUGGAUGCCACCACGUUCCAAAAUUGGGGUUUUGACUAUCUGAAGUACGACAAUUGCAACAUUCCGUUCGAUGAUGUCAUCCGGCAAGGAACGUAUGGAAAAUACCAACGGAUGGCCGAUGCCAUCGCCCAACUCGCAAAUUCUUCGGGACAACCACCUCUGAUAUAUUCCCUGUGCGAGUGGGGCUGGAGUCAAGUAUGGAUCUGGGGAGCCACUGUGGGCAAUAGUUGGCGGGCCGAUGGAGACAUCACCGACACCUGGGAUUCGAUUGCGAGCAUCAUCAAUCUUGCCUCGUUUAUCUCUGGCUAUACCAACUUCUACGGGAGGAACGAUAUAGACAUCCUGGAAGUUGGCAACGGCGAACUGACAUAUGAGGAGAACAAGGCACACUUCACGGCCUGGGCCUUGCUGAAGUCGCCAUUGCUGAUCGGAACCAACCUCUCCGCCGCAUCCCCUGAGAUAAUAGAUAUCUUCAAAAAUACCGAGAUACUCGCCAUAAACCAGGAUCCCACUGUUGGGACAAGCAUAUCGCCAUUCCGGUGGGGAAUAAAUGCGGACUGGACGAGUAAUAGCUCUUAUCCAGCGCAAUACUGGAGUGGACUGACUGAGAAUGGCACCGUGGUCAUGCUGCUCAACACGCUAGAUGAGCCCGCAGACAUGUUCUUCAACUUGACGGAAUCACCGUGGGUUCGUGCGGGUAGACAAUACUCAGUCCGGGAUCUGUGGACCCAUACCGACAACGGCACUGCCAUACGCAACUUCACUGCGCGGCUGUUCCGCCUCAUGGAGCUGUCGCCCUGCUUCUCCAGGAUGCUGGAGACGAGCCCUACGGCAUUUUGCCCCUUUGCGCCGUCUACUACCAGUGCGCACGGAGAACGGAACGCAGGUCGAUGGCAGUUAGUGUUGAAGUGGUUGUCACGGAGGCGAAUACGAUAGUCUACGUCGGUCGCGCGUUCCGCUACUGAUGCUUGUGCUGUGCUAGUUGCGACCCAGUGAGUCGGUUGAUCUUUGUCGACUGCUUCCCAUUGUCCGGUGAAUACGGAUCAUAGUGUGACCUGUAGUUCGAUUCUUGAGGAAGUUCUUCCAUUCUUCCAGUGAUACAUGCGUGAGGGUCGAGAUCAUGUCUACACUCACCGCUCAACAGAAGCGCGAGAUCAUACUUUCA